AUGACACUGCCGAAGCUCACACUGGCCGUCCUCCCAAUUCUCUUCUUCCUCCUCCGCUGCACCACCGCCCAAGUUGAGGACGAAAAAUUUCACCUGCCCUUCAAAAACCCCUUCACAUCCAAAACAUGCCAGAACGUCUUCCACUCCUCAUUCUGCAAAGACUUCAUGAACUCAAUUCCUAUAGGCAAGAACGGCAAUCUCAAGGACGUCGGCCUCGUCGCGCUGGACCGCACCAUAGCCAACGUCACCAACGUACAACGCCUAAUCAAGGAUCUGGUCAAGACCGCAAACGACCCAAAAGUUAAAAAUGCCCUCACGGGCUGCUUGCAGAACUUCGUCGACGUCGCGCUUCAGCUUGCGGAGGCGACUGCGUCUUUCAAAACUGGGCGUCUCGUGAAGGUGAUUGGGCCGGUGUUGGGCGUCGUCAACGAUGUGCUUUCCUGCGACCAGAGUUUCCAGGGAGCCGGGAAUUGUCCUGCGGCGCCGCCGCCGCUUGCCGAUCAGAACCAAGUUAUAAUUUUGCUGUGCACAACUGUAUUGGGCAUUAUCACAGCCUUGAUUUAG